AUGCUUGAGUGGUCUGAGGUGGCAACUUGGAAGACGAAUCGCCCGUGUGGAUUCAUGUCAAGGACUGUAUUGGAUUACGAGAGCGACACGGCAGUUAUAUCCGGUCCGUUGGGAUUUCCAGCAGCAAUUUUCUGCAUGACAGACGGCCGAUUUCCACCACUAUAUGAUAGACAGCAAGGACUGGUGCAAGGGCAAAAUCAAAAUGCGAACCCGACAAGUGAUUUUGAUUGUCAGAUACUAGCAAAUGAAAAUCUCAGGGGAUCUUCAAGCAUUGCAGUCUGUUGA